AUGUUCGAGAAGCUAUGGGACAGCCAUGUAGUCCACGAGGAAGCCGGGCAGCCGACUAUCCUGUAUGUUGACCUGCAUCUGGUUCACGAAGUUACAUCGCCGCAGGCGUUCGAGGGGCUGCGUAUGACAGGGCGCAAGGUGCGCCGCACCGACCUGACCGUCGCCACCGCCGACCACAACACGCCGACAUGGGACCUAUCUUUGCCCAUCACAGACUCUAUCGCAAAGCAGCAACUCGACGCUCUAACCCUCAACUGCGAAGAGUUCGGCAUAACGCUCUACGACAGAUUCAGUCCGCUUCAGGGCAUCGUCCAUAUCAUUGGGCCGGAGCAGGGCUACACGCAGCCGGGCAAGGUUAUCGUGUGCGGCGACAGCCACACUUCCACACACGGCGCGUUCGGCGCGUUCGCAAUGGGCAUAGGCACUUCCGAGGUCGAGCAUGUGCUCGCUACGCAGACGCUGCGCCAGUUCAAGCCCAAGACGAUGGAGAUUCGCGUCAACGGCACGUUGCCAUUAGGCGUUACCGCCAAGGAUGUGGUACUCAGUAUUAUCGGCAAAAUAGGCGUUGCUGGUGCGACCGGCCAUGUCAUUGAGUACACCGGUGAGGUGAUACGCUCGAUGUCCAUGGAAGGCCGUAUGACCGUCUGCAACAUGUCAAUCGAGGGCGGUGGGCGCGCGGGCAUGAUUGCUCCGGACGACACUACCUUUGAGUAUAUGCGCGGACGAGCACAGGUGCCGCAGGGCGACGACUUCGAUGCUGCAGUCGAAGAAUGGCGCAAUCUCGCCACCGACGAAGGCGCUGUAUAUGACAGCCUUGUCGAGAUUGAUGGCUCCGCUUUGGAGCCGCAUGUAACCUGGGGGACGAACCCGGGCAUGGUUGCGCCGGUUACGAGCCGCGUGCCUGAUCCCAACUCUUAUGAGGACGCAGGCGAUAAAGAGUCGGUGGGGCGCGCCCUGCAAUACAUGGGGCUUGAACCGGAUACUCCGAUACAGGACAUCAAACUGGACAGGGUGUUCAUCGGCUCAUGCACGAACUCGCGCAUCGACGACUUGCGCGCCGCUGCCGAGGUCGCGCGAGGGUCGCAAGGUGAAUGA